UUGUUUUAAUAUCACAACGGACAUGUAUUAUGUAGACUGUUUUUCUUAAAAUAUUACCAGUGCUGUGGAAAUUGUCCGAGAACAAAGGUAGCACAGAUGAGCUGCCGGAAAAAAAGGGACCCAGCGCUACCAUCUCUGGGCACCCAGCGGCCAGUACGAGCCCAGUUGUACCCGAGGAUGACAAUACAGCGGAUGCCUCGACGUCUGGCAAAAGGCCCACGACCAAGACACCAAGUAUUGCGCCGGGACCACGUCGGCUGCUCGUGUGUCAAAUGGAGAAUGUCACCAACGUCACGGACGGCCUUUGCGACUAUCUGUUCCAAAACUACUGGUCGAGGUGGCCCUUCGGAUAUGAUUCGUUUCCAAAGGAAGUGCAACUAUUCGCAAACUAUUCCGCUCCGAGAUAUAAGAAAACGAAAUGCGGCUUCGAUCUGAGAGAAAUGCAUUUCCCCGACAAAGCGCUGGAAACGUUCCUGGAGAACGAUAAGGGAAGACAGCACCUGAAGUGGUAUGAUGAACAGAACAUACGUCAUUACGCGAGACUUAACAUGCACAUCGGCAACUACACAGACGACGAGGAAAUCGGUCACUUCAUUAACUUCUUUCGGGUGUUACGGGAAGAACAAAAGAAAAUUCAGACAACCGGUUUCCAUAUGCUUGGCUUCAUGGUCCACAACUACCACUGGUCUGAUGAAGUAAAGCACAUAAUGAGAGACCAUGUCCAACGCUACAUCAAGGAAAUGGACCUAGACGCCGUGAUGUUCCAGACUACGCAGACAUUAUUGCUUCUAAGGACAAAUCCAUAUAAACAAGAUGUUGUCUGCCAUCUGAGAGGACCAGCAAUGUGGACUCAUUUUGCGGAAAUUCGGUAUCAAGCGACGUUCGUUCGCACACUGGAGUUCAUGAAGACGUUGCAGCUGCCCCACAACCUGCGAGUGCUUCUGUCUCUGUCAAGCGCAACGUACCAUACUUAUUACACACCCCCAAUACGGAAGGCCGAUAUCAGUAUCUUCACGAACCUGGAGUGCAACAUAAGCUUGACAUCGCCAGACGCUUCCAUCUGGAAUAAAAAGAAAUGUUCUGGUCGGUUCAUUGACAAGAAUAUAGAGAACACAAGCAUUACAUACUACUAUGUGUCGUUCCGUCUAUUCGACACCCAAAUAAGCAUGUGCGACACCAACGAGACAUUCAAGAUGAAGAUAUGCAACGCACAAAGCCAGUACAGCUACAACGGCGGAUACGUCCUCUUCGACAUUGACCACAGCGACGUCGAAAACUUAUGUAGUGACCCCAAUUUUACGGAUGGUUUCGCAGACGCGCAUUACAUCAAGAAGUUUAUGCACACUUCAUUUCGGAACUGCAGUUCGCUUUGA